AUGGCGUCAACCUGCGCAAACCACAGCAGCGCCGGCGAGAGUUGCCUCAAGCCCGCCCCGUUUUCCUGCAAAAACUGCCGCCUGGUUUCUUACUGCGGCUCCGAAUGUCAGAGGGAGCACUGGGCCAUCCACAAAAAGGACUGCAAAUGCGACGUGAUGAGCAAGACGUGGAAGCCAGCUUGGACAGUGGAGAACCGCACGCCAGAUUUUGUGCAAGAAGUGAUCAAGUCUUUCGAAUUCGGUGGUAGCAAGUACCUUUGGGGGAAUGUUCCCGCCAUCGACGUCUUGAGACUGGACAAGAACGAGGGCGUAUCCUACGACAAAGAGUUGAAUGUGCUAUUUGCUGCUUCUGGGGACUUGAGAAACGUCAUCGCAACCAUCACAUCCCUUCCAGACUCGUUUGACAAAGGGUUGUCUGCCGUACUGAACGACAAAGAAUUCGAUGUUGUCGCCCGCAAUGCGAUCAUGCUCCUUCUAUGCCUAACCAUUAAUGAUCCGGAGGAAGCAGCCAGUGCCAUCACUCACAUAUGGUACUCCAGCUCUAUUUGGGAAAGCCACAUGAACCUCCUUCAGGAGAAUAUCCGUCCCUUGAUUGCUAAGGUAUGCGCAGAGACUGAAGGCAACUCCCAAGAUGCUCUUCUCGUGACCUGGAAGUUCGGGCCCAGCUCACUGCAGCUGGCCUUGUCAAAUGACGACUGGAAGCGGCUGCUCAACUUCCUCAAAGUGCCGGCUGGACUGACUGUCGAUCGGGCUAAUGAGAUUCGCACCGCCGUCACUCUUGCAAAAGAGUGCCGGGAUUUUAGGGACCGCAAGUAUGCGACCAUGCCUUGCGCCCACCGCCUCGCGGAGGAACGGUUUCGUCAGGAUGGCCUCAUGGUGCCGUUUGCUGGUAGUCGAAAGCCAUACACAGUCCCGAACCCAACCAUGUUCCAGAACCCGAACGAGUGGCCGAUGCCAUACGUCGCGGACCCCUUACACGGCUGGGAUAUGCAUGAAAUCUCGGCGAAGUCGUCCUCGCCAGCCACUUCAGAUCGGUAUGGGAUCCUUCAGGCUCAUGUUCAGACUCUACUGCAGCUAUUCCAUUCGCGACUCAGGACCCAUUCUUGCUCCUUCCAACUCUUCAAUCUGAAUGCCACGGAGCUGCCAGAUUAUCUCAAGGAGGCUUCCUUUUCACGAAUCGAGAUGGCCAACAUCAGCGACGUUGGGUAUCUGGGCUGCGCAAUGUCUCUGUUUACCCUCAGUCCUCUGCUGCAGCGGCCUUCCGACAACCCGCACGCCACUCUCCUCAUGCUGUUCAUGAACGCGGCUCGCGAAAAGCUCACGACGCAGGACGAACUUGCAGAAAAUACAAGGCUCGUUCCCGUGCUGGCGCUGGCAGGUUUCGUGCGGCCGCCUCGACCUGGUUCAGAGCCGUACGGUCCCGAUUUCAUGCUUUUCAUCAGAGCCGCGGGUUUCUACAUGGACUUUGAAACCUGUUUUGACCGGUAUAUCAAGGAUCAACACUUCGACUUGGUCGGAUCCGUCUGCGGCAUGGAAAUGAAGAAGACACACACGAUUGUGGAGAAGUGGCCAUGGAGCCCGAAGCUCCGACCAGGACAGCCUGGAUCCCGGCAGGAAUUUGACAGUCUUGUCCAGUCUGCCUAUGCGGGGCAUGAACGAUACGUCGAGUGGAAGUCGGUUGGACGUUCGAUGAUUGAGAGCAUGUCUGUGGGGGGAUAG